AUGUUGCAUAUUGCGACGAUUUUCCGUCUCACGCCCUUCUCGAAUUGCAGCGUUCAUAAAGACACGUUGAGAGAGGCAUCUGAUCAAGAGCAGCGAACCAUCUUGUUGAGUCACGUGGUGCUUUUGCCUGAGGCAACACCACGGGGCAACGGGCUCACACUACUUUGGAACUACGAUGAGGUGUUGGACAUCAUUCGACGUGCUGCAGAUCCUCCUGUUGCUGCAAUGUGCGGCCAUGCUCACCUGCCUGUGUGUGCUGUGGACAAGGUUUGUGGUACACAUCACAUCACGCUGCCAUCUCCACUGGAGGUGGAGCCGGGGUCGGAUGCUUGCGCUGUUGUCUUGGCGCACCACAACGGCGACAUCGAGAUCAAAGGCCGUGGCGACAUUGCCAGCUGCAGGUUGUCGACGGAUUGGCAGCGACGAACCCGAUACUACUGUAGCCCGUCUGUGGCCCCUUCACAGACGCCUGGCCACAGGAUGGGAGUGAAGGCCGAGCUAGUGAAGCCGCGGUGCCUAAACGACGGCGCCGCGGCAGCCAUGUUCCAGUCGAGACUGCCCGCCAGAGUUGUUACUCAUACAGCAACUAGCGUCAUGCAGCAACAAGCAGCUUUGACACGAAGUCCUGAUUGUCGCAACAAGUGUAGCACAGUGCCCGAAACAUCCUUAGCCUGUCCUAGCGUCUUCAAAUGGGCGCAGCAAGCUGGACUCUGGCAAAUGUGGCCCAUUGGCACUUGGAAUGCAUUGCCUAGCUCACAGCGGCAGAACGGAGCCGCAGCCUCCGUGGCGUUCUUCCCUGCUCCAGUCUCCGCUUCAGCCGAGAUGCUCAAAGUCAACCCGGCUCAGGCGUGGCAGCUUUCAAGCCUGGCGGGCAGCACACUGCUCAGCGUGGACAGCUUUUCGUAUCGAGGACCUCUCUCUGUGUCCGUCGGCCUGGCAGCAUGCCUGAGCCAGCGCGCCUUGCAGGAGAGAGUAGACAAAAAGCAGAAGCCGAGCAUCGGACGCUUCAAUCUGUCCAACCUAUCUUCCUCAAAGUGGCAUGGGGUGAACUAUGGAAACAGGUUCAUUCCAGAAGACUGGAUGAAGCACCCUUACAACUUCUUCGACAAGAUCCGCAAGAGUGCACGCAGAGUGGCUUUGUGGGAUCUGCAAGGCCCAGAAGCAAAGCAGACGAUGCUUCGAUGGCUCGAUGCCACGAUAUGCGAGACUCACUUCAAGGAGAUGCAGAGAUAUGGUGUUGAAGUGCUCCGCGUUCCAUGUGGCUACUGGAACUGGGUGACCUAUGAUGCCGACGAUGGGCCUGAGGUCCCCGACCCGCACGCAAGCAUCCAAGAGCGCUUGAAGAACUUGCAUCGCAUUGCUUCGCCGCGCGACUAUCGCAUCUACUUCGACAAGAUCUUUGAGUUCGCCGACAAGUAUGGGAUCAAGGUUUUGCUGGACCUUCACGCGCUACCCGGGUCCCAGAACGGAGAGAUCCACAGCGGUGUCUGCAUCGAGGACAACGAAGAGCACCUGGGGUUCGUGCACAACGAUGCGAACCUUCGAACCUCUGUUCGUGCCGUUCGGGCAAUGGCCGAAUUCGCAAGCAAGAAGCCGAACCUCUUUGGCAUUCAGGUCAUCAGCGAGCCGCACUUGCACACGGAUGAGGGGCACGAGUUCCUUCGGUCCUACUAUCAGCAAGCCAUUUUGGCUGCUCGGGAAUUCCUCGACAGGACGGUUCCGGUGGUUUUGUUUGAGUGGACCUAUGAGAUGCACCGCUGGGAGGCCGGGGCCUUCCCGGAAUCGACCUAUGGCAGAGUGAUCUGGGACACGCAUCUCUACCACUUCCCCGAGUCUGGCCAGAAGUGGACCUCGAGAGACCAGGGCCUGGAGAAAGCCAAGGAGGCCUACGCCUGGGAUCUGCAGCAGCUCCGGCACUUCUCCCGGGCGCAAGGCGAGACGGUCUUCGUGGGGGAGUUCUCCCUUGCAGGGCCCAGCUUGAACAUGAAGGAAACGCGUGAGUUUGCCCAGUGGUUGGUCGAGCAGUUUGACUUUGCUUGUGCUGGCUCCUUACUUUGGUCCUUCGAUAACUCCAUCACUGCUUGGAGCAUGCAGAGACAGAUACAAGAGUGGGGUCUGGACUGGAAGUCUAUCCUUCGUGGCGAAGGUGGUCGUACAGUCGAACAUCCACCAAUCAAGAUUGAAGCUGCCCCCUUCGGCACUUGGCUUACUGCUACGGAGAAGGGUGCUGUGCAGGCAGAUGCCCCAGACCCCUCCUGGUGGGAAGAAUGGGUGCCAUACUCCUAUCAAGUUAACGGAAAGUCGAAGCUUGCAUUACGUUCUGCUGCUCAUGGGACUUGGCUCAGCGUGACACAGGAGGGCGAGGUGAUCCAGUCCGAUUGCCGCUCCGCUUGGGAAGAGUUCUCGGUCCUCUUUCUUGAGAAGACGGAAGACGGAAGGCAGUGCAUCUCACUGCAAUCCUUCCAUGGCUCAUGGCUUGCAGUGCGACGUCCCCGGCCGACUGAUCAACUCCUACUCUCCGCUCGGAUCGAUUCCGAGGUUGAUGCCAUCGACUUGGACUCGGACCCUGAGAAGCCCAAGAAGAAGAAGCGGAAGCAGGCGCACGCAGAAAGGAGGGAGCCGGAGCAUCGCAACAAGGCUCCGCCUGAGGCUCGGCCGAAGCCUGUUCGACAGGAGAAGCACGCAGAGAAGGCUAAGAAGAAGCCGGAGAAGGAGAAGAAGAGCAAGAAGCACAAGAAGCGAAAGGAUCAUGGUGACUAUGCUGACGCCGGGAUGAUGAGCCACGGCGCGAUGUUUACGCCGAUGAUGGGCAUGAUGAGGUCGAUGAGCUAUGGCGUCAUGCCUGGGAUGACCAUGAUGAUGAUGCCGGGGAUGAUUGCUCCCGGGCUGAUGGGCGGCCAUGUUGGCCAGAUGGCCAUGCAUGGAGCUGCGGCGAUGCCCUACUUUCCGCCAGGUGCUCCUGCAAUCGCACCAGGAUGGCAGGCAAGGAAGCCUGCUGCUUCGACCAAGCCGGAAAAGGUCUCGGUCGCAGUCGAGGAUGCCCGGGAAGAAGCUCAGGCUUCCCUCACCAGCACAGCUGGGACGGUGCAUCUCGCACAAGGCGGGGGUGGACAAAGCUGGUGGGCGAAGCAGUUCAAGCUGCAGUUCUUUCAGCCCUUCGUGACCCAGAACAACUCAACUGCAAGUGAUGAGACAAGUCCGCGGGAUCUCCAAGCUCUGUACCAGCAGAAGAUGGCAGCUCUGGAGCUCGUCGCGGAGAUGCACAGGGAGGAGAUUACAGAGUUGCGUGGAGAUGCCAGGAAGGCGAACAGCAACGCCUCCGUGGGCGCGGUCCUGCCCCCGAAUUCUACGGAAGCCGCGGAAAGUCCUUCCCUUGAAAAGAAGCAGGCAGACCUUGCAAACGAGAAGCUCGGACAUUUGUACAACGAGCUUAAUGAAUUGCAGGGGCUGCGUGCGGCAGAAGAGAAAGCGCGGGAGGAUUUGCAAGGACAGCUCGCUCGGAAAGCUGCAGACGUCAUCCAGCUGCAGCAGGAGUUGGAUGCAAGGAAGCAGGAAAUCGAGCGUGCCAAGAAGUUGAGCAGCGAUGACAUCCAAUCGCAGCAGCUUGAGAACAGCAAGCUCGGACAAAGGUACGCUGAACUCAAGAAGAGCGAGGCGAAGAAGGAGCAAACCAUCACCGAGCUCCAGCAACUGCGCAUCUCAGAAGAGAAAAGCCGGAGCGAGCUACGAGGACAGAUGAAGCUGAAGGAUUCCGAGUUGUCCCAGCUGCAGAAGGCUCUAGAGAAAGCAUCAAAGGAGACGGAAGAAGCUACAAGAGCGAAGAGCAAGGCAGUUGCAUCCAUGGAAGCGAAGCUGAAUGCGCAGAAGAUCGAACACGAGAAGCUAGGAACUAAGUACUCGGAGCUGCAGGCUGCUGGUAAGAAGCAGGAAGAAAGGAUUGCAGAGCUGGACGGACUGUAUUCGCUGGAGCAGAAAGGUCAAGAAGAGCUACGAGGACAGCUCACCGAGAAGGCUUCGCAGAUGGCCCAGCUGCAGCAGGACUUGGACAAGGCAGCACAACAGAUGGAGCAACUGGACAAGUCGAAGAGUGAUGCGGUUGCAGCAAUGGAAGAGACUCUGAACGCCCAGCGCAUCGAGCAUGACAAGCUAGGACAGAUGCACGCCGCUCUGAAGUCCGAAGACGCAAAGAAAGAGGCGAGAAUCGCCGAGCUGCAGUCGCUCUAUGCAUCUGAGCAGAAGGGGCGCGAAGAAAUGCAAGGACAGCUCGAGCAGAAAGCGCAAGAUCUGGGCAGGGUGAGUCAGGGGCUUGAGAUCGCCAUGCGGGACAUGUCUGCCUUCAGAGCUUCAAAAGCCGAGGAGCUACGCAGCCUGGCUGAGGCCAUGAAGCAGAAGGAGGCGCUGCUUUCGGAGGCUCAAGGAGAGUUGGAGAAACUCCGGGCGCGGGAGCAGGAGGCCUCCACCCAACUGCAGAAGCUGCAGCAGUGGAAGGAUGAGAGCGAAAAGAUUAAAGAGCGCUUUCUUCGGGAGAAGCUCUCGCACAUUAAGAUUGAUCUGUAG